GAUUAACUUCCAAGGAAUCAAGAAGAAAAAAGGACUAACAGAACAGAAUGGUGGCGACGACAGACUGCGUAGAAAAGUCCAAACCCACCUCUGGAAACAAGGUGUCCAAACCACUCAUGGAAAAGAAACGAAGAGCUCGCAUAAACAAGUGUUUGGACCAGUUAAAAUCUCUUCUGGAGAGCUACUACAGCACUAGUAUUCGAAAACGCAAACUGGAAAAGGCCGACAUCCUGGAGCUUACUGUGAAACAUAUGAGGAAUCUCCAAAAGAUCCAGAGCUGCACCGCCGCUGCUUCAGAGUUUCCAGAUUAUCAGAGUGGUUUCCGCAGCUGUCUGGCAAACGUCAACCAAUAUCUGCUGCUGGCAGACAAUCUGAACGGGAGCGACCGCUGGAUGUUCUCGCAGCUCUCCGGUAAACUGUCCGGUAAACUGUGCCGGAGAGAGGAAGCCUUCAGCACCACGGACAGCAGCCUGGGCCAGGCAGAGACACAUCAGGAGGAGGUGAUGAGACUUCUUCCAUCAUCAGCAGCAGCAGCUGGACCUGAGGAAAGAAAAACCACCAAAUCUAAAGCUCUGAAAGCCCACAGUGCAAACACAUCUCCCCUUUCACCGAGUGAAGACGCACAGCGGUCACCUGGAACCAAACUGGCUGUCCAAGUUGAACAAAGUCCCAGUAACAAGAAGUUUCACCUCGUCAGUCACAGGGAUGAAGAUGCAAACACUCAGCACAACGUCUGGAGGCCCUGGUGA